UUGUAACAAGCACUACACAUUUUAAUUGUAAGAAAUAAAAUAUUUAAUUAUUAAUAAGUUCUUCUGUUAUAGAUAAAUUGCCAGAUUGAAAGCUGGACAUGAGUUUUCCAAGUGUGGAUAAAUGUGUAGCUCUGUUGCUUGUACUAGGGCUUCUAUGUACCAUAUCCUAUUGUCAUAUCAAUUCCUCUUCUGUUGAAUACACGGAAACCUUUCUCAUUGUUAUUUUCAAGUGGAAACAGUAUCGAAAUGGAAACAGUAGUAGAAACAGGUUACUUUUCUUGAGCUACAAUAAACCAUACUCUAUUGAAAUGCAAUGUCUGGCUCAUACUGGUACUAUAACCAUUACAAGGUAGUCGACAGCUUGAACAUUUUGGUCUACCUUACGUCAUUACUGCAACCAGUAUCAGGUAAUUCCCCAGUGAAUGCUGUGUUCUUCAUUUCAUAUAUUUCUCAUUAUAAGGUACGUUCUCUUUUGCAUAGUUUUACUUAUAAUCUUCUUUUUAUGGGGUUCCAUCUUAGUCUUUAGUGUUUACGGAUGCAUAUGGUUCUUGUAUUGUCUGGUAUGAGUAAUUGUAUAUUGUAUUAUAGUAUUUGUUGUUUAAACCAAUCCAGAGAUUAAAUGAACUGUUAUCAGAAACAAGGGACUCAGGGUUUAUGUGCAUAUAUAGAUGGUCUGCUGUAUUGGCUCCUAUUACUAAUCAUUCAGAUUUUAGUAUCACAAACAUUAGGAUCACAAACACUAGAUCUCCAUAAACACAGAAUGCCUUUCAGUCAUUGUAACUUACAAUUGAGUUUACUUAUACUCUCUUAUUGGACUUGCAAUUGGCUUUGCAAAAGUAACAGGUACUGAUUUGAUUUUUCUCGCUUCAUUUCUCCAAGUUACAUGCCUUCUAAAAAGAAAACUCAAAAUUUGGUGUCAGCAAUAUAAAUAGAAAAAUUCUUGGGAAAAUAUUCUAUUUAAUGGCUAGAAUCUGGAUUUUGGACAUUCCUUUUUACGAGGUACUUGCACUUACGUGGAAGUUUCUUUCUUGACAGAGGUUCAGCAAUGGGAGGAUUCAGGGGAGCAGUGAAAGGAGUUCUUCCCUACAACAUUGCUAAUAAAUUAUGUUCAGCCUUCUAAGGCUAUGUUUGGGGGAGCUUUUAAGCGCCCCUGCUUAUAAGCACAACCUACUUUGGUGUUUGGUAAAGUUCCUAACAGCCAGCUUCUCUACGAAGCACGGGCUUUUUGGACGUAAAAGCAGAAGCCACUCUAGGCCUGCUUUUAGAAGCCAGAAGCCGCGUUUACUGUAGCGAAGGUUUAAUGAAAUUUUCAAAAUACCAUUGGGUACCCUCAUGAACUUCAAGGAAUUACACACACGACCAGCCUCUUCUCUUCCUCUUCCUCGACCAGUUCUUCUCCCUCAACUGUCUCUCUCUCUCUCUCGGUGCUAGGACGACAUCUUGUGCACCAUCGGCGCCUCCACCUUUGCUCUCCCUGGUGGCCACCAUGGUGUCCUGCUCCAGGCUGUGAUUAUGCUAUAUAUUUUAUUGUUGGUAGUGGAAGCUAUGAUGUUACUUGCCGCUGUUCAUAUAGCUUUUGCUGGAAAUGUACUGAAGAAGCUCAUCGCCCCGUUGAUUGUGGCACAGUGGCCAACUGGAUAUUGAAGAACAGUGCCGAAUCUGAAAAUAUGAAUUGGAUAUUGGCUAAUUCCAAGCCUUGCCCCAAGUGCAAAUGACCCAUUGAGAAAAACCAAGGCUGUAUGCAUAUCACUUGCACACCACCUUGUAAAUUUGAGUUUUGCUGGCUCUGUCUUGGUGCAUGGUCAGAACAUGGUGAAAGGACAGGUGGCUUUUAUGCCUGUAACCUCUAUGAGACAGCGAAGCAGGAGGAAGUGUAUGAUGAGGCAGAGAAACGAAGAGAGAUGGCCAAGAACUCUCUAGAGAGGUACACCCAUUAUUACGAAAGAUGGGUAACCAAUCAGUCGUCCAGACAAAAAGCACUAGCAUACUUGCAGCAGAUGACUGUGCAUCUUGAGAAGCUGAGCGACAUCGUGAUCUGGGUUGUUCUGGCUUCUGGGUUUUGGUGUUUUUGGUGGGUUGAGAUAAGCUACCGUACUCUAUUAAGGUCCUUCUUGAGUCUGCAAUCUGUAACUGCGAUGAGUUUCAGGUUAAGAAUACAAAUAGGAGUCGUAAACUAUUUUUCGAGUUGCAGCAGCAAGGAAUUUCUUAUAAAGCUACCGCAGCUGCAUGUGACAAAAUCAAAUGAUGAGCAGCAAUGUAAGGCUCAGUUUGUGAAAUCCCAGCUGUGCAAUUUCCUUAAGCUUUGGAGCACCGUGCCGGAGGAUUCAUCCCAUUGUCAUAGCCAAGAGCAACCACCACUCUAGGCUCAUUGAAUGUCAUCCGGUUCUUCACUUUCCCAGUACCAUCGAUAGACAUCAAAAUUUAGGUUUUUUCAUGAUAUCAAUGUCUUAUUUGUAACGGUGAUAUUUGUCCACUGUAACAUUUGCUGUAUCAUUAUUUGCAAUGUUAUUAUAACAUUAAGACA